AUGGUCAAGCGCCAAGCCUCGGAGGCCCUCGAGGACCAGGCCGGCGUCGCCUCGCCUGCGUCCAAGAAGUCGCGGACAGCCGAGCUCGACUCGCCGCCGCUGCAGACGGGGGAGGCGAGCCGCCACGGGCGACAGAAUGGGCGGGCGAACGGCAAAGUGAGGGCGCAGGAAGGCGACGGUGACGACGACGGUGACGAUGAUGACGGGCUGGAAGCGGCAUAUCCCUUGAAGGCGCCGACUCGGCAGGACGCGCCGACGGAAGGCUACGAUGAUUUAUACCUCGACACCAUCGACCGCCAUGUCCUCGACUUCGACUUUGAGAAGCUCUGCUCCAUCUCCCUCUCCAACAUCAACGUCUACGCGUGCCUCAUCUGCGGCAAGUACUUCCAGGGCCGCGGGCUCAGCUCGCACGCCUACUUCCACUCGCUCGACGAGGACCACCACGUCUUCAUCAACCUCGAGACGCAAAAGGUCUACGUACUCCCUGAGGGCUACGAGGUCAAGAGCAAGGCGCUCGACGACAUCAAGUACGUGUCGGACCCGCGCUACACCAAGACCGAGGUCAUGGGGCUGGACCGCGGCGACACCAAGAGCUGGACGCUGGCGGGCAAGCAGUACACGCCGGGCUUUGUCGGCAUGAACAACAUCAAGGAGAACGACUACCUGAAUGUCGUUGUCCAGGCCCUCUCCCACGUGACGCCGCUGAGGAACUACCUUCUCCUCGAGGACUUCUCGGCCAAGUCAGAGCUCGUCAAGCGCUGCAGCAUCCUGUUCCGCAAGAUAUGGAACCCCCGCGCCUUCAAGGCCCACGUCUCUCCCCACGAACUCCUCCAGGAGAUCUCCCUCCGCUCCAACAAGCGCUUCACACUCACCGCGCAGUCGGACCCCGUCGAGUUCCUCUCGUGGUUUCUCAACAACCUGCACCUCGGCCUCGGUGGCUCCAAGACCAAGCCCGGCAGCUCCAUGGUCCAGCGCACGUUCCAGGGCAAGAUGAAGGUCGAAUCGCAAGCCAUCACGGCGCGCGCCGAUGCCGGCGACAAGCUGCGCUUCGAGGAGGCCGCCGACGUCAAGGUCGAUAUCGUGCGCUUCCUCCUCCUCACCCUCGACCUCCCCUCGGCGCCCCUCUUCCAGGACGAGCUCGAGAAGAACAUCAUCCCCCAGGUGCCCCUGACCACCAUCCUCAGCAAAUACGAUGGCCAGCGCGCCCAGGAACACCACGCCCAGCGCAAGCGCUACCGCCUCCUGCACCCCCUCCCCCCCUACCUCAUGCUCCACGUCAAGCGCUUCUCGCAGAACAAGUUCGUGGCGGAGCGCAACCCCACCAUUGUCACCUUUGACGCCCGCAACCUCGACGUGUCGCCGUACGUCGAGCCAAACCCCAACGAGUGGCCCCCCAGCGAGCCCAUCUGGUACGACCUCGUCGCCAACAUUGUCCACGAGGCCGUACGCACCAAGGACGAUGUCGCCGACAGCGGCGAGGAGCGCAAGACAUGGAAGGUGCAGGUCAAGGACAAGGCCACGGGGCAGUGGGUCGUCUGCCAGGAUCUGUUUGUGGACAAGGUCCAGAGCGAGCUGCUGUACCUUGGAGAGACAUAUCUGCAAGUUUGGGAGCGGAGGAGAGAACCAAAGGGGAAAGGAAAGUCGACCUCUUGA